ACAGGGUUCGGGGCUCGGAAGGAGGGCAUGCUUAGGGUAAAGUAAAGUAAGACGAUGACUCUCUCUCUCUCUCUCUGUUAGGGGGCGGCGGGCUGGGCUGGUGCAUGGGGCUGGGCUGGCUGCUUUGGACGUGCAUCAGCGUCUCUGUUUGCGCUGCUUGGAUGCCUGGGAGCGGACUGCAGCAGAGAGAGCGAUGCAACAAAGCGCCGGUCAAAUGGCCAGUCACAGGGCGCAAGGUCAAACACGGCAUGGGCGCAAGAUGAUGGCUCUGUCUGAUGAUUAUUGACGGAUGGAGCAUCCAUCCUUUGCACCGUGUCUGCACGACGCGCGCAUGGCUAACCUCAGCCGCUUACGGCGACGGCUGGAGCUGGGGCGAGACCAAGUACAGUAGAGAGAAUAAAACAAGUUGUAAAGCUGGGA